AUGGAUGACGACAUUUUAUCAACGGAUCCAAACAACAAGGAACAAACCAUCCUAAAACGCAAGAGAACAAAGCGACAACGCCCCCAUUCUCCAAUCUCGUUCACAAUCCCUGUCGAUGAAGAACAAGAACCGGAACAAGACGGUCAUGAUCAAUAUCAAGAAGAACUCGACAUGGCUAAUUGCUUAAUCCUACUCGCGACCGGAUGUCACAAUCUCAAGGAUGAUGGAAAUAAAUUCACUAGCAAGAUAUUGUUGGAAUCUCCCGGGGCGGGUAAAGCAGGGAUUUAUGUUUAUCAAUGUAAGACGUGUUAUAGAACUUUCCCGUCUUUUCAAGCUCUAGGUGGUCAUCGAACUAGCCAUAAGAAGACCAAGAUAAACGGAGCUUUCAUCGAUUUAUCCGACCCGGAUGAAAACGAACCAACAAAAUUUAAUAAUAAUAAGAGUUUUUAUUCUAAUGUUUAUAAGACUUCUUUGGUUAAUAAGGUUCAUGAAUGUUCAAUUUGUGGAGCUGAAUUUACUUCUGGUCAAGCUCUUGGUGGUCAUAUGAGGAGGCAUAGAGUUAUUUUAUCUACAAGGCCUAUUAACAUUUCUCAAAGCCCAAUAAUGCCUGACCCAAGCCCAAUUGGGUCUGCUUCUGGAUCUGGGCCUGAGCCCAUAUUGUCGUUGUCGUUGGAUUUGGAUCUAAACUUACCGGCUGUAUCGGAAACUAGCGAAAUUGUUCGUCGGGAAACCGCCCUUGUGUUAUCGACCGGACCUGCUAUGGUUGGUUGCCACUAUUGAUAGAUCUAUUUAUUUACUAAGAUAGAAUAUGAAAUACACAAAUUGCCACUUUUAUUUUUUGUUAUGAACUUCUUCUAUUGUU